GGUGUUGGGUAUUGUGGAGAUUGUCUGGCAGUUGUCAACACUUGUUCUGAAACAUGGAAGACAAGUAUGACCGUCGCCAACCAGAACAUACAAAUGAAAUGCAGCUCUAUCAAUGUGUAUGAUACUUGUCUUAAGAACGCUGAACCCUUAUGUUCCCCGGAUGAGAAAGCUACUAUACAGAAUUUAUUGAGCAGUGAGGUCAUACCAGUUUUAACUAACCAAUGUGGACAAACUGUUGCCGCGACAAGUUGCCUACCUUUAGUACAAAAUUGUACAACCGCGUGGAAGGCAGCCAUGGCAACAGCCAACCAAGAUUUAGACAAGCAGUGUGCUGCUGUAUUGGUGUAUGGAUCCUGUCUGAAGAAUGCCGAACCAUCUUGUUCCGCUGAUGAUAAAGCUUCGAUAGAGACGUUACUUAAUAAAGAGGUUUUACCAAUAUUGAGUAACCAAUGCCAAGCUCAAGCUUGUGAUGUGGAAUUUGCAGAAUGUACACAAGCCUGGAAAACAGCAACAGGGCAAUCUACCAGUAAACCUGAAACUUGCAAAUUAUCAGAAGAAUAUAUGUCGUGUUUAUUGAGUAUUGAAAGCACGUGUACACCUAAACAAGUGACUGAUAUUAGAUCUAUUUUAAAUCAACUUGGUCCACAAGUUAACCGGGAUUGUAGAGGUCAAGAUUGUUCUGUACAAACCAAUAUGUGUAUUGCUGUAUGGAAUGUUUCACUGGCAGAAACCGAGGGAACUCUACCCCUUAUCUGCAAUGCCAAUGAACUGUUCGAUGUUUGUUUGAGAGCUAUAGAAGUAGAUUGUUCAGCAGCUGAGAAAACAGUCAUUACCCAGUUAGUUGAUAAAAUAACACCAACACUUUAUUCUAAAUGUAAAGGUUAUGGUUGUACACCUAUGUUAUAUGAAUGUACAAAUAAUGUGAAUACAUCGUUACAAUUGGCUACAACUACACAAGAUAAAUGCAGUACUUACCAGGUUUAUGAACAAUGUUUGACAAAUACUGAAGUUUUGUGUAACGGAGAUGAGAAGAGUACUGUAAACAAUGAUCUGAAGAUUAUUCACCCACUAAUUCAGACAUUGUGCAAUCAAGAUAGUGGUGUUACACCUUUAAAAGCUUGGCUGUUAUCAACAAUUUUACUGUCCCUGGUCUCCACAAUACUUUAGAGAUUAUUUGUAUCAGUUGCUAU